UGUAUAUGUGAGAAAGCGGGUUUUGAAAUCGAAACAAUUAAGGCUACUGUACCAAAAUUCACUCAAUCAAAUAUGACCGCCAUGGUCACAGCUACCGAUUUUGAUGAAUAUCAAAUUUUUACUCAACUGUGA